AUGACCAACCAAAACAUUGAUUGGAUUGGUUCAUUUGUGUCUGCGGCAAUGCAAGUGGCGUUGGGACGUGUAGACACUAUAGUUUCUCCUGCUGUUCUAGAAUUCCUCCGAGGCAACCACAUUGACGAGCCACUCCUGGAGAAGUUGAAGAUGCUGUUGGUGUUAGCUGCCACAGUGCUCAAUGAUGUUGAGGAAAAGCAGUUCACUGAUACAUCCGUCAAGGAAUGGUUUGAUGGGCUGAGGAAUGCUGCCUAUGAUGCUGAUGAUCUCCUGGAUGAGAUUGCCACUCUUCAAAACAAGGAGGAUUCUUCUGGAUCUGACACCGUCGUUGGCCGGUUUAAUGCUUAUCUUCAUUCUCUAACUCCAUCUGCUCGACAACUGACUUCUAAUCUCGACAAGAUAGUUGAGAUGCUGAAAUUUUUUACUGAGCAUAAGGGCAGUCUUGGCCUCAAUGAAGUCAACGCUGGUAAGUCACUCUCGUUGGCUUUACCCACAACUUCUUUGGUGGAUGAACAUCAAGUGUACGGCAGAGAUGAUGACAAGAAAAAGAUUAUUGACUUUCUGCCAUCUAAUGGAAAAAGGGUGGCUGUUGUUGCAAUUGUUGGGAUGGGAGGGGUUGGUAAAACCACUCUUGCUAGGAUGUUGUACAACGACAAUCUUUACCAGUUCAGAUCAUGGACUUGUAUUUCAGAGACAUCAGACGUUUGUCAAGUUACCAAGAAAGUCUAUGAGUCAUUCACUUUGUCUCAUUCUAACAUUUCAGACUUGAAUGUACUCCAAAUCAAGCUUGAGAGGCUAUUAAGAGGACAGCGGUUUCUGCUUGUUUUGGACGGGUUUUCGGAUGAAAACUCUCUCGAUUGGGACACGCUGAGAAGGCCAUUCCUCUCAGGAGGCAGGGGAAGUAAAAUCAUCGUAACAACACGCAGUCAAAGAAUUGCAAAAGCAGUUCAAGCUGAUUUAACUCAUCCCCUCGUGCCUCUCCAAGAAGAAGAUACAUGGAACUUAUUCUCAAGUCAUGCAUUCAAAGCUGGAAAACCUAUCAACUACCAUGUCAUAGAAGCAAUUGGUAAGGAAAUAGUGAAGAAGUGCAAAGGCCUUCCUUUAGCUGCAAAAUCACUAGGGAGCCUUUUGCAUUACACGGAGGAUGUUGAGGAGUGGGAAAAUGUAUGCAACAGCCAUAUAUGGGAGUUACCAUGUGGUAAGAGCAGCAUACUUCCUGCUUUAAGAUUGAGCUACAAUCAUCUACCUUCGCUGUUAAGGCAAUGCUUUGUUUACUGUUCCAUAUUUCCUCAAGGAUAUGAAAUUGAAAAGUGGGACUUGAUUUACUUAUGGAUGGCUGAAGGUAUUCUGCCGAAACCAGACACACAGAAGCGAGUAGAAGAUGUCGGCCAUGAAUGCUUUCAGGAACUAUUGUCCAGAUCUUUUUUUGAUCAGUCAAAUCCGAAGUGA